CAUAGUGACAUGACAUAUAACAUAUUCAUAUAUUGCAUGUAUUGUAUUGCAUCCUCCCCUUGGAAAUUUAAAGCUUCUUUAUACAAAAAGCAGAUAAGUCCCUUCAUUAACACACUUUAAAAGCUCCCUCUGCCAUACCAGAAACAAUCAUAUCUUAAAGCAUAUUUAGCUUCAAAACUCAGAGAGAAACAGUGGGAGAAGCUUAAGGGUAGUAAAUAGUAAUCAGUACCUUGUAGUUUUGUGUUGCUGAGUUAUUGUGCUAGGAGAAUGCACAUUUCUUACAAGUCAGCGUGCUUUGUUAUUGUUUCAUUUUAUGCAUUUGUUAUACCCUUCACUCAAUGCACAACCUUGAAGGAAGUGAAUCAGUUUAACAGCCAAAGGAACACAAAUAGCAAAGUUCACAAGCAGGUAAAUCAUCAAAAAGCAUCAGAUAUAGCAUUACAUGGAUUGCUUCUAUGGGGUUCAGUGGGAUUCUUAAUGCCUCUUGGAAUACUUACAAUUCGAGGAUCCAAUAAAGCAGAACCUGGAUCAAGAAGGAGCAGAAUACUCUUCUAUUUCCAUGUUGCUUUUCAGAUGCUUUCAGUGCUUCUUGCCACAGUUGGAGCAGCUAUGUCAUUGAUAAAAUUUGAGAAUUCAUUUGACAAUAACCAUCAAAGAUUAGGUUUAGCACUUUAUGGUGCUAUACUUGUGCAAGCAUUCAUUGGAUUUUUCAGACCUCACAGGGGAAAGAAACAAAGGAGUUAUUGGUACUUUGUACACUGGAUACUAGGGACAAUAGUUUCCCUUGUGGGGAUCAUCAACAUUUUCACAGGAUUAAAAGCAUAUCACAAGAGAACCUUAAAAAGCACAAUGUUUUGGACUAUACUUUUUACGGUGGAAGUCUUUUUCAUUGGAUUGAUUUAUCUCUUCCAAGACAAAUUGGAAUAUAUGAGAAAGCAAGGAGUGAUUGAAGGAAGUGAUGAAUCAACUAUGUCAUCUUACCAAGAUAUUCCUCAAAGGCAACAAAAUCAAAAUCAAAAGGAGAUGUUGCCAAUUGCAUGUGGAAAGAUAAAUGCACUUGGGAAUUUGUUUGACUAAUAUGUGACGAGGUAUUAUAAGUGUUUGCCAUGAUCUAGUGAGAUUUGACCUUUAUCACUUUGAUUUGAUUUGUAAAAAAAAAAAAAAAAAGGAUGACUUUUUUCUAUUACAUUUUGAUUAGGCUGUUGGUUUGUUAAUUUUUCACUUUAGUUUUUGGUGCAUGCACUUUAUAUGUAAGUGGGAUAUGAAUUAUGAUUUUAUGAAAGGUAAGAUGAUAGAGUGCAUUCAUCAAAAAGUGAAGUUUGAUUGGUGUAUGCCAUUAUUUUUCUUCACAGAUUUUUCAAUGUAUAGUUUUCACAUGUAUUAAUGAACAUUAUAAGUGUGUAUGUGAAUACUUACCA